AAAUGCAUGCACAAGGGGAAAAGGCAUGGCCAAGGAAAAAUUUAGUUUCUAAAGCAUCAAGUAUUUGCUAUAAGAUCAAUCCUUUUUUUCCCUUUCAAAUUUCAAACCUUGCCUUGGUCUUUUGUCAUCUAUUUUAAUCUUCAAUCCUCCCACAGGAGCUAAAUGGAUUCGCAGCCAUAUCAGCUUCAUAUUGCAUUCUUUCCAUACAUGGCUCAUGGCCACAUGAUCCCAACCAUGGACAUGGCCAGGCUAUUUGCUAGGCAUGGGGUGAAGGCAACCAUCAUUACCACUCCUUUUAAUGCAUCUCUAAUCUCUAAAACAAUUGAAAGAGAUAGACAAAAGGGUUUCGAAAUCGGUAUCCAGUUGAUAAACUUUGCUUCUGCAGAGACCGGGCUGCCAGAAGGAUGUGAGAACGCAAGGUCCAUCAGGACACAAGAAAUGGCUGCAAAGUUCUUCAAGGCUAUUAGCCUACUUCAACAACCACUUGAACAUGUCCUGAAAGAAUGCCAUCCAAAUUGUCUUGUGGCAGACAUGAUGUUUCCCUGGGCGACAGAAGUUGCAAGCAAAUUUGGGAUUCCAAGGCUGGUUUUCCAUGGAAUUAGCACUUUUUCUCUUUGUGUGUAUAAUUCUUUAAGGCACUACGAACCCCAUAAAGGCUUAGCAUCUGAUUUUGAGCCAUUUAUGGUGCCUGGCCUACCAGACCAGAUUAAGAUAACAAGAUUACAAGUGCCAGAUUAUAUCAAAGAGAAAAAUAAACAAACAGAAUUAACACAUCGAAUGUCACAGUCAGAGUUGACAAGCUAUGGAGUCCUUCUUAACAGUUUCUAUGAGCUGGAACCAGCAUACUUAGAACACUACAGGAAGGUGAUGGGAAGGAAGGCAUGGAGCAUUGGGCCACUCUCUCUAUGCAAUAAUGAUAGAGAAGAUAAAAUGCAAAGAGGAGACACAGCUUCCAUCAGUGGACAUGAAUGUUUGAGGUGGCUAGACUCAAAGAAACCCAACUCAGUUCUCUACAUAUGUUUUGGUAGUAUGUUCAAGUUCUCAACUCCUCAAUUGAUUGAACUUGCAAUGGCUCUUGAAUCUUCUGGACAGAACUUCAUUUGGGUAGUAAAGAAAAAAGAAAAUGGAUCAACCCAAGAAGAAUGGCUGCCAGAAGGGCUCGAGAAGAGGAUGGAAGGGAAAGGUCUGAUCAUAAGAGGAUGGGCGCCACAGGUGUUGAUUCUUGAUCAUGAAGCCAUUGGAGGAUUUAUGACUCAUUGUGGAUGGAAUUCAACAUUGGAAGGAGUGGCUGCUGGGGUACCAAUGGUCACUUGGCCACUUUUUGCCGAGCAAUUUUUCAAUGAAAAGCUGGUUACAGGUGUUCUUAAAGUUGGAGUGGGUGUUGGUGCUCAGGAAUGGUCUAGAUUUGAAAAGAAGAUUUUAAUCAAGAAAGAAGACAUAGAAAAGGCAGUAACCCGAUUGAUGAUUGGUGAAGAAGCUCAGGAACUGAGAAACAAAGCAAAGGCACUUAAGGAGAUGACAAGAAAGGUUCACGGAGAAGGAGGAUCAUCUCAGUCUGAUAUGAUUGCACUUUUAGAAGAACUAAAGACAGUCAAGAUAACCAUGCAGAACUAAAUCAACAGAAAUUGGCACAUCUGCUGCACUUUGAUUUGUAAAGUUUCAUAAUUAGUGGCAUUGAGUAUGCAGAACAGGAAUGAAUGGAAUGAUUUUUAGUGGCAUGGGGCAACCAAAGCCAUGCAGAAAACUAGAGUUAACAUCCCUAUACUGGCCAGUAACAUAAGUUCCAUUACACCAUUAAUACACUUGGAAUAUAAACUAGCAUUCUAAAUUCGUAUAGAGUGCAAAUGCAGCACUUUUGUAUGUACUAUCAAAAGUUUGAAGUUAACUAAGAUUGCUAUUCUCCA